AUGUCAGGGAAAAUGACGUUGUACAAGCUGGUGGUGCUGGGUGAUGGAGGUGUUGGAAAGACUGCCCUUACCAUUCAGCUCUGUCUCAACCACUUUGUCGAAACAUACGACCCGACCAUCGAAGAUUCAUAUCGCAAACAAGUUGUGAUUGACCAACAGUCGUGUAUGCUCGAGGUGCUGGACACGGCGGGCCAGGAGGAAUACACUGCGCUACGAGAUCAGUGGAUCCGAGAUGGCGAGGGGUUUGUACUGGUCUAUAGCAUCACGUCGCGCGCUUCUUUCUCCCGCAUUACCAAAUUCUACAACCAGAUCAAGAUGGUCAAGGAGUCUGCUAGCUCCGGCUCGCCGUCCGGUCCCAGCUACCUCGGGUCCCCCAUCCACGCCUCCGGCCCCGCGCUGCCCGUCCCCGUGAUGCUCGUCGGUAACAAGAGUGACAAGGCUGUGGAGCGUGCCGUCUCGGCACAAGAGGGCCAGGCCCUUGCCAAGGAACUUGGGUGUGAAUUCGUGGAGGCGUCUGCAAAGAACUGCAUCAAUGUCGAAAAGGCCUUCUACGAUGUGGUGCGCAUGCUGCGCCAGCAGCGCCAACAGCAGCAAGGCGGCCGGAGCCAGGACCGCCGCCCAACGGGCUUUGGAUCGGGUCACCGAGACCGUGACGCAGGUCCCGAGUACCCCAAGUCCUUCCGGCCUGAUCGGUCGCGGCAUCGUGGCCGAAUUUGUGUCCUCCUGUGA